UUUUGGAAGCUUAUUGUCCCCUUUGCCACCCUCGAUCUUCCUAUACAAACAAUAUGGGACGGAGCAAACUCCCGAUCAAGAAAAUCGAGAACACCACCAAUCUCCAAGUCACCUUCUCCAAACGUCGAUAUGGCCUCAUUAAAAAGGCCUAUGAAAUUGCAGUUCUAUGUGACAUUGAUCUCACUUUGAUUAUGCUCUCCCCUUCCGGUAGACUCAGCCAUUUUUCCGGUAGGAAAAGAGUUGAGGAUGUCAUAUAUCGUUACAUUAAUCUCUCCGAUCGUGACAGAGGAGGGAUUAUUGCAAAUAGAGAGCAAAUAGUAAACACAUUAACGAAAAUAAAAACUGAAAAGGAUCUUGCUAUGCAAAGUGCCGCAACUCCUGGCUCUGAUACUGAGGAAAUACAGAAAGAGAUUCUAGAUUUGCAAAGACAACUCGAGAAAGCUCAAGAUGAACUUAGAGUGUUCGAACCAGAUUUAGACAAGUUUACAACUCUAGGAGACUUCGAAAAAUCCGAAGUGCAACUUAAGGAAGGCCUACGCCGCGUUAUGCAAAGAAAGAGAAACCUCUUCAACAAAGUGGGGCAGCAAUCUAGUUAUCAAGACACGUAUAGGGAAAUAAAUACAGUUGUUCAAUAUUUAACUGAAGCACAAACACAUGGAGCAAAACCCUUGCUCGAGAACGAGGAUGAUCAAGGAAUCGAGCUCAGCAAUAUUGAGCACGUGAAUUUUGGAUCGGAUGCGUGUUCUGCCAAUCUAAGGAAGCAAUCAUCACCAACGAUGUAUGAGUCCGUUUCUCAGACAAGUGGAAACGAGAAUGCCCAAACUGUGGAAGGAUGUUCCAACAAUGUUCUAAGCGAUGAUGCUUUUCAACAGUUUCAUUCCUCAAAGAAUCACUACACAUCUUUACUGCAACCAGACAACUCUACUCAUUUCAAGGACGUUCUGGAAGGUUCGAAUGAAACCCUAGCCGCACUAGACGAACAUACGAUGUUCUUACCAUCACAAUGCCACCAGCAACCCUCAAGUGAACUUCAUCUGUAAUCAAGUUUAUAAUCAAACUAACUGUUUCAAAUGUUAUUUGCACCAAACCAUAUGUUUUCCCUCCUUAAACCAAGGAUUUCAGAGUGUUUGUGUAUUGUUUUAAUAAGAUAUAUACUAUUCUCCAA